AUGCUUGCAAGGGUAAUAGAAGUACUACCUCCAAAACCUAAUCGAAAUGAUCCUUUGCAAAUUAUAAAAUCAAGAAAACAUACACAUGGAAGACCAGCCACUAUUGCUGGUCCAAUGGUUCGAUACUCCAAGUUACCAUUUAGACAAACGUGUCGUGAUUAUAAUAUCGAUAUUGUUUAUACACCAAUGAUGCUAGCUAGAGAGUUUGUUCGUAACGCACAAGCACGUAGAUCAGAUUUUUCCACUAAUGAGACAGAUGCUCCAACGAUCAUACAGGUAGGCGUCAAUAAUGUAACCGACUUAUUAAGAUUUAUUGAGAUGGCCGCACCCUAUGUAGAUGGUGUUGGUAUCAACUGUGGAUGCCCCAUUAAAGAACAAUUACGAGAAGGUAUAGGCUGUGCCUUGAUAUAUAACGAAGAGUUACUAGUAGAGAUGGUUAAAGCUGUCAAGGAAAAAUAUGGCGACACACUUAGAUUAGAAACCAAGAUACGAAUUCAUGAAAAGAGGACACCUGAAAGGACAUUGAGGAUGUGUAAACAAUUGUGUGAAGUUGGAGUAGAUUGGAUUACUGUCCAUGGUAGAUUGAGGACUACUCGAUCCUCCGAACCUGUUGAUUUAGAUGCAAUUAAAUACAUUGUGGAUGGGUUGAAAGAAUAUGAUGUUCCUAUUGUUGCUAAUGGAGAUUGUUUCACUGUAAAAGAUAUGGAACAUAUCGCAGAAUAUACUGGAGCAGAUGGUGUGAUGUCAGCACGAGGUGUAUUGAGUAAUCCUGCUUUGUUUGCUGGAUUUGAUAUUUGCCCAUGGGGUUGUGUGGAAAAGUUUGUUCAUUAUUGUAUUGAAUUUGGUGGUCUACCUUUCCAAUUGGUUCAGCAUCAUAUAUUUUGUAUGUUUGAGAAUAUGAAGGUGAAUAAGAAUCAUAUGAAGACAUUGAUGAUGACAAAAAAUAUGUUUGAAUUACUCGAUUGGCUGGACUCUGUAUUCGAUAUGAGGAGGCCAGAUGAUAAAGAGUUUGGAGAAAGAGUAGAAAUACCUUAUGUAGAAGUAUAA